AUGAAACCUUGUCAAAUUAGAAAACCAGAAAGUGAGAGUGAACCAAAACUUGAAGAAGAGGCAAAGUCUGAGGAAAAGCCAGAGAAGGAGAAAGAACCAGAGGAAGGAAAUGCAGAAAGAACUUUUAAAGAAAGGCCAAUUCAACCUCUCCGGGAAUUUAAAGAAGCUAUACACAACAGACAUCAAAGCAAUGAAGAUGUGUUUAGGAAAGUGAAUGAAUCAGAUGAGAUAAAGAGAGUAAGGAAGAACAUAGUGAUGCAUUGGAAAGUUAAUCAAAACCAUCCAUAUCUCCAUUUAAUGUAA